GAUGCGUAAAUACAGCCAGAGACAGCAGUGGAGCACUUGGACAGUUUGAAGGCAUGAGCCGUAGCCGCCGGUCAUCGUUUGGCCACCAGCACUAUCAGCAGCAGUUUACCGUCACCUCCACUAUCAACUAUGACGAUGGACUGUGCGAUGGCUCCAGCGGUCCUGGUGGGCUGGUCCCGCCCGGUGGCACAACGGCUUCGCCGUCGCGGUUUAGCGAAUCAUCCUACUCGAACCUGGGAUCCCGCCUGACCGCCUACGUAGCCCAGUCACCACACGCAUCCCAGUCACAACCUCCACCAGCAUCAUCACAGCCCACCCUACCACCAUCGUCCGCAUCUUCCGUUUCUUCCGUGACGGAUCGAUAUGGUGCCACCGAGGAGCCGCUGAGACCGUGCUGCAUCUCACCCGCAGCUCCACCAACGAACAGUGUGUCCAGCGACCGAUACUCGACUAGCUCUGUGCCAAAUUCCAUCAUCUAUCCAGAGACGCGCAAUGGACCACAUCAUCGCUCCAUGUCACCAGGAUCAAGGACACGCUAUCCCGUUCCGGAACGGUUCCGAGAUCCACCUGCAUCGGCACCUCCACAGCAAACCGCACAACCCAAGCUGGACCAGUUUGGCAACUAUCUCAUCAGCAAUGCACCACUGAUAACGACCUCCGAAAGCUACAACUAUCUCACCUCGACUGUACAUACACCGGUCAAGCGAUACAUACCGACACCACCGCCACCGGAGAACUUCCAGCAUGAGGCUACCGGCGGAGGUGCCGGACUUGGUGCUAGUCUAAUGGCGGGUUUAAUGGCAUCUGGUGGAGGCAUCAACAUCAUCAACCAUUCGCAAGCCAACAAUGCGACGGGCUCGCUCCUCAAAUCGCUACCCUACCGGUUGAAGGUGUCGAAGGGUGACGGGUCCGGGCUUGGCGAAGAUACGACGGAUCACUACGCGACACCACCAAGAGCGAGACCCGUUGGUGGAAAAUGUCAGCAACCGAUCUGUACGUUCGGUCAGCCUAGCGGUGCAACACUUGGCCGGCAGACACUUCAACCCGACUACUCCAUGUUACGGGCGGCAACUCCGGUAAGCAUCAUGAGCGAACCGAUGGUACUGGGACAUCAACCAUCGUCGGACGAAGAGCAAUGCUAUCAGUGCAAUAGUCUGCGACAAGCGACCGGAGUACAUCAGACAACCCAAACUUCGGGACCGAUCAGUCCACAACCACUCUCGAUCUCCUCCGUAUCGAUGUCGGACAUGGAGCGUCAAUCACCUCUCAGCCCACCGUCGCUUGUUUCGCAUGCUUCGUACGCUCAUCAUCAUCACCAUCAUCAUCACCACCAUCACCAUCAGCAGCAGGCUCAGCAGCAGCAACACUACACACUGGCCACACCGGGAGACGAUGGAAGAAACGCACAACAGUCGCUUAUAAUCGCGCAAUCGCACGCACUGAACAGUUCGUGCAGUAACCCGUCGAUAAUCAUCCAGUACCAGCAUCAGCAGCACAUUCAGACACAUCAGCAGAUCCAACAGCAGCCACUUUAUCAGCAGCUUCAGCAGUUGCAGCAACAACAUGCCCAGCAGCAACAGCAGCAUCAUCAUCAGCAGCAACAACUACAGCUGCAACAUCAGCAAGCUCAGCAGCAAGCACAACACCAAGCACAGCAGGCUCAGCAGGCUCAGCAGGCUCAACAGCAGCAGCAGCAGCAGCAGCUUCAGCAUAUGCAUCUUCCUAGGCUUCAACCCGACUCGACACCUUCCACACUGCAGCGUAAUGUACAAGCGAUUCGCCAACAGCGCCUGACGCACAAGCAACGCAUCAAGGAGUAUCUCCGCCACAGUACAUCCCAAUUCUUCGGCGUCGAUCAGCUGCACGAAGAUUACGAGCAGCAAAAGUGGGAAGAUCGCCAGAAGCGGUUCGCUGUCCGUCGGUUUGGCUCCCUCAAGGACGAACUGCCAGCAAACGCACGCCCUAACGAACCGAGUGCCGAUGUGAUGAACGAUCAUCUUACGCACAGCGAUCGUCCGGACAUUCUGCCCGCACAAAGCCAAGACGAACCGGAAACGGAACAGAAUCGUCGUCAGCGGUUCAAUCCAUACUAUCGGCACGAGAGCAGCGAAGAGUUUCUGGUCGAACGGAAACCUUCCGUGUCGCGCAUGAUGCUCAACGGGAUUGUGUUUGUGGUGCAGAGUCUACGGAAUCGGAUUCCACGCAGACAGAAGCAAUGGUCGCGUAGCUUUGCACCGGCCCACGUAGCGUUGAACAAUGAUGAUAACGAUAUCUACGAUGGACUGACACCGGUACAGGAGGAUGAGAUGUUUUUCGACAUCCCUGGUGGUGGCCAGAAUGGUAAUGGGGGUGCUGGGGGUGUAGGGCCACCGACACAGGAGCAAGAUCUUGGGGCAGCUGCGGUGCAAGAUAAUUCGCACCAGAUCUAUAUGCUCGAGACGGAUCGUGCGCUGGUGAGCAAUGGCUGGAGGACACGCACUGCUGAGGAGCAACUUCAUCUACAGGAUCCAACCGGCCGGGCGGGCAGAAAUAAUGCGAUGUUCCAGUUUUUCUACGGUCAGCGAAUACCAGGCUCUAUACUGGAGAGUGUGCUGGACAAUUCGAGACGACCGUCGAGACAUUGCAUCAAAUUGUUGCGUCCGAAUGCGCUAGACGAUCGGUACGAUUAUAGACCGUUCUUUACGUACUGGAUCAACACGACGCAAAUUCUGGUGCUGCUGCUCACGCUGCUGUGCUACGGUGUAGGUCCGAUCGGGAUCGGUUUUGAGCAGAAGAGCAGUCAAGUUUUGGUAACGAGUUUGAGCUUGCAAACGGUUCAACACUACGAGCCACGAAACAUUUGGAUAGGACCGCGACGGGAUGAUCUGGUACACCUGGGGUCCAAGUAUGCGCCCUGCAUGCGCCGAGACGGCAAGAUAAUGGAUCUCAUCUCGAAGACGCGAAAACAGGAACGGGAAACGGCCUGCUGCAUACGAAACGACGAUUCCGGCUGUGUGCAGAGUUCGCAGGCCGACUGUUCCGUGCGUGGACUAUGGCCUACGACCAUCUCAACGUGGAAGAAAUGGUCCCCGGGUGAUUCGGGCCCGGGCGGCCGUAUAUCGGGCAGCGUCUGCGGUCUCGAUCCCAAGUACUGCGAUGCGCCGGCCUCAAUCGCACCGCACGAAUGGCCGGACGACAUCACCAAGUGGCCUAUCUGUCGGAAAAACAAUCAGUUUACGCAACGCUUCCGCUUUAAGGAUCACACUGCCGAGCACAUGGUCUGCGAGGUGAUUGGCCAUCCGUGCUGUAUGGGAAUAUCGGGCGAAUGUCGCAUCACGACCCGCGAGUACUGCGACUUUGUGCGGGGUUACUUUCACGAUGAAGCUUCCCUGUGUUCACAGGUUUCCUGUCUGAACGAUGUGUGCGGCAUGUUUCCGUUCAUCGUGACCGAUCUUCCCGAUCAGUUCUACAGGCUGUUCACGUCACUCUACAUACACGCUGGUAUCGUUCAUCUCAUAAUCACUGUUGCCUUUCAACACAUACUCCUCGCGGAUCUGGAGCGUCUGUUGGGAUCGCUGCGAACGGCGAUAGUUUACAUCGGAUCAGGCAUCGUGGGCAACCUGACCAGUGCCAUCUUUGUGCCGUACAAGGCGGAGGUCGGUCCAUUACCAUCUCUUGCGGGAACACUAUCCUCGCUGCUGGUGCUGCUUAUUCUGUGUCAUUGGCGCAACCUGAAGAAACCGCAGUACGCGAUGCUGAAGAUGCUCUUCCUCGGUUGCUUGCUGUUCGGUAUGGGUACCUUGCCCUGGCAGCACAACUUUACCGGUUUAAUAUCGGGACUGUUGUUCGGUACGACGUUCACCCUAGCGCUUACCCCAUACCUCAGCUUCGCCAAGUACAGUAGAAAAGGCAAGAUCAAGCUUGUGUGGACCUGCUUCGUGCUACAUUUCGUGCUGUACGCACUCAUCUUUCUCGUGUUCUACCUAUUCCCGACCAUCUUUUCGCUCAACUUUCUCGAGGGCAAUCAAAUCUCGAGCAUCAACGAUAACAAUGGCAUGCACGAUCACUUCAACCCGUACGACACGUUGAACUACUUCAACGGUAAGCACAGUAACGAUGGUGGUGGUGGCGGUUCAUCGCACGGUGGAAUGCUACCCGGUGAGGGUGGCCGAAAUGGUGGGGGUGAUGUGGGUGGUGGUGGAGGCAGGAUUAAGGAUUACGAUCGCGGAGGAGGUGGAGGAGGGGGAGGGGGUGGUGGUGGCAGCAACCGGUACGGAGGUAAUGGGGGUGUUGGUGGCGGUGGUGCUAUUAGCAUGUCGGGCGGCACGAUAAAAGCCAUUAAUCCCAAAUACAAUAAUAUAAAUAGUAACGGCCACAGCAACGGUAAUCUUAACGCUAAAUCCAACAAUAUGCAUAGUUAUAAGAUGGUAGCUAUAUGUGAGAAGGGACAGUGCAAUCCGCGCCCGAACGCAUGACGGCGAUGUGUUUUACGCUCGGUUACGACUAGUACGACAUCAGUACGAUUGAUUUCCAUUUUAUUCAUCCUUAUCACAAUUAUUGUACCGUUACACGAUAACGCAUAUAUACCGAUAUACUCCCAU